AUGUCACGAGAAUCAUUCCUGUUGCACGCUUCGGACCCCAGCACAUCCCGGCCGUCGUUUGAAGGCAGCGUGGACCUCAAUGAUGAUUUGGCCAAUGGCUCAGAGUACUCGUUGGGGUCUUACGUAUCCCAAUCGGGUGCUGGAUUCCCCAAGAGAUCAGGCUCCACCUCGUUUAGAAACAGCAUUGAUGCCGAUAGCACGUUCCUGUCAUCGGCCUACUUCAAUGUGUUCAACACCUCCACCAUCGAUGACAAGUCCUUCUCUCCAUUGGGACCAAACUCCAUCUACGAGUUGACCAUUGCAUCUGAUCUUGCUCGCAUCAACAAGAAUAGGGGCCCCAAGAAUUCGGUCACCAUCAACGGCGGAGCCACCACCGUGACCAACUUGCGAGCUCCAUCCAUCAAAGACAUUCCCCAGAUCCAGUUGCUGAAGCUUGCCCAGAAAGUUAACAACAAGGACUUGGAAAACGACUACGUCAAGAAUGUAAUUGACGACUACAGAAACUUCGAACUGAGCUACAAGCUCUUGACUGAGGACACCUUACAGCAGUUUGUCAAGCAAGCAGCGGUCGACAGCGAUGGACCGUCGGCGUCGUCUUCCAUCAAGAACUUUGGCGAAGACCUGAGUGCCGAGGACUUGUCAAUUAUUCCUUCCAUAUACGCCGAUCCGGAUUUCAGGUUGGACGACCCCAGAGUAUUCAAGAGUGUUCUUGAAAAUUCAAGCAUGCUUUCCGUCGAAUUCGAUGAUUCCACAUCCCAGUUGACAAAUAAUAACGACCUUCAGGACAAGCUCUCCCAUUAUUUGGAUAUUGUGGAGAUAAAUUUGAUCAAGGAAAUAUCCAAGUCUUCCGAAUCAUUCUUCAGCACGCUAGGUGAUAUCGAGCUGAUUAAGUCCCAGUCAAAGGGUUGCGUGGACCAGUUUCAAAGUGUCUUGACAAAAUUGGAGAAGUUGGAACAGAAUCACGCCGCUACUGGAUUGACAAUUUUGGACAAUUUAGUAAAGAGAGAUAAUGCUGAACGUUUGGAAUCUUCAUUGCUCCAAUUGCAAUAUAUCGUGUCUAUCAAUGACCUUGCCAAUAGGUCCUUCAAUAAUGGCAACUAUUCAAAGUGCUUGAAUGAAAUCGUCACAGUAGAAAGUCUAAUCCAAGGUAUAGAACAUGUUGAAAUUGUUGAUGAAGAGAUCAAGGCAUCAUAUCCCAAAUUUAAUUUUCCUAGUGUCAAUUUGACUCAUUUACCUGCCCUAGUCCAUUUGAGGAAUGAUCUUGAAAAUUUGAAGAGUGAGUGCUCCAAGGGUUAUAUCAAUGACUUCAUAAAUCUUUUGCUUGAGGACUUGAGAGAUCACUAUAAUUCGGUUGAUACUCAAGAUACCUUGAACAGGAUGUACGUGUCUACUGAUAAAUCAAGAAAAUAUGCUUCCAAAUCAAUCAAUAACUCGUACCUCUCCAUAUCAGAUUUUCAAAAGAAAAACUUAUCACACUAUAUCAGGAACUUGAUCAAAUCUGGUCAUUUGACUCAAGCAUAUUCUGCAUAUCAAGAUAGAAUUAUUAAUGAGAUCAAGAAUAUCAUUAAACAUAACUUGCCAACUGCGAAUAGCCAAGGACAGGAUCUGUCCAAUGCUCCAUCUAGAUCAUCGUCUGUACCGCCAGAAUCAUCAAAUCCUCAACAACCAAAUACCUUGUCAUCUAAUAUCAAAUCAUUGACGCCAAAAGAAUUUGAAAGCAUGCUCACCAAGACAUAUGCCAGCCUUUCAGAAUGUUUGCGCCGUCUUACAGCCCAUCAAAAGACUUUAUUGGACUUAGCAUUGACCGCGUUGCCACCCUCAUUAUCCCAAACGAUUGACGUCAUGGCUUUGGAUAUCACAACAUCUAUUCACAAGGCCAUUGAAUUGACCCAGAUUCGGUUGACCAAGGUUAUUAAUGUCCGGCUGGAGCAAACUGCCGAUCUUCCUGUUGCGUAUUAUCUUCGGUUGUAUGCUAUUUCUUCAUCAUACUUGCAGGAAUGUGAAUUAAUCAAUCCUGGAUUCAAUUCGAGUGGUGCUGGUAGUUCUUUAAGUGAAUGGUUUAAACAUCACGUCACCUACUUUGUACACCGGUUUCACCUGAAUUCGUUAAGGGCACUUGUGGCAGACUGCGAUCGUGAAGUAUGGAAGGAAUUGACUCUGCCCGAGAGCCUCUCUGAGUGCCAGGAAAUCGUGGAUCAACUUGUGGGAUAUUCAGAAUUUAUUGCUAACAGCGGUAGGAGCGGAUUCUCUGGAGAUUCUUGGUUGAGAGUAAUGGAUUUCUACGAAGAUGCACAAUCUACUGCGUCUGAUAACACCGCGGUUGAUUCUUCAAUAACUAAAGUGAGCAUUAAGGAAGAAACUUUCUUAGUCCCCGAAUUGAUUAGAAAGUCCCUUAAGCAAGUCAGAGAUUAUAUUAUCAUUUCCAAGGUUUUUCCCAACACUGCUUCUCUUAUUGAAAACAACCUAUUAAACUACUUUAAAUUGAUGAAUUCUAAGUCUUCCCAGGCUGUGUUGAACGCGGGUGCCACCAGAACUGCAGGGUUGAAGCAUAUCACUACCAAGCACUUGGCGUUAUGUAUCCAACUCGUCGAGUUCAACAUCGAAUUUUUGGGUCAUAUUCAAAAUAUCUUGCCUCGUGCUAGAGAGGAAGGCUCGAUAAACCAUGAUGAGUUAAACUUUGACAGGGUAAUUAGUAACUACAAGGAUCAUGAGAAUGAACUUUUCUCGAAGUUGGUUUCGAUUAUGUACGAUCGUACCACCCAUCAUUGUGCCACUAUUCUUAAGAUUGAUUUCUCAGAUCCAAUUAAGCAUCCAAAGCAAUGUCAUCCAUAUAUGGAGACCUUAGUAAAGGAUACCUUAACUGUCUCUAAGGUAUUGUUCAGAUAUUUGCCUGACUUGAAGUGUUCCUUAAUCUUACUGCAAGUUUUUGAUAACUAUAAGAAAUUGUUCAUAGAAUGCUUCUGCACCCAACUUCCUCAAUUUAAGGAUUUUAAUGAAAAGCAUUCAUUACUCAAAGACAUUGAUUACUUCAGAGUCAAAUUGAGUGAGCUUCCAGGCUAUGGUAAUUCUGGGCAGGUUAUUUGGGAAAAUGUCAAUGCGUUGCCCACUGAAGAAGACAUGAAGAUGGAUGAGGUGAUGAGAAACAAUAUCCAAGCUGCUGCCACUGAAGCCAAUGAAAAAAGACUGUCCGAAUUAGAACGAGUCACUUCAAACAGCUCACCAAUUGUGCCCCAAAAAGAUGAUGUUGACGAAAAACCCGAAUUACCAGCAAAGAACGAAGUUCCUGAAGUUCCUGAAGUCCCUGAAAAGCCCGAAGUUGUAUUGCCCCAGUCUGGAGUAAUACAAGAUGUCACUAAGUCUACUGAUCAAGGAGAAAUGGAGAAAGAAACGGAAGUCGCUUCUGAAAAUAAUGUGAAUAAAGAAGUAAUUGAGCAUGAUCCUGAAUUGAAGAGAAAUUCUUCUGAACAAUCGAUUGAGAGGGAAGGAGAUGUGAUUCCACAGAGUUCCGAUUUGGCUGAAGACGCCAAGGAACAAAAUCAAGACUCCAGUGUUUCCAAAGAGAACGAAGGAGAAACAAAGUCUCCUGACACCGCUAAGCAACAACCGGAACAAAAAUCAGGUGAAUCGAACUAA